CAAGUAGCGGUGUCCACUAAACAACGCGAUAAUACAAAAAGAAGUCAGAGGUUACGAUGUUAUCGAUGGAGACAUGAAUAUUCGAAGACGCGAGGGUCACGAGUGAGCGGUCGGCGUAGCAUCGCCCCGCGGCGUGAAUGGAACGACCGACAUUUUAUGAAUCGAAAGCCGUCGCUCAUUGACCUGAGCACUUGAGCGGCGAGUGGAGCCGGGACCGAGCGCCGUCGGUGCCGCCGCGCAGCUCCGCAGGCCCGAGAUCCGCGGCCGCCGGUUCCGGCGUUCGCGCUGACGGAAGUGACGUUCCCACCGAACAUGGCGGCGCGCGCGCAGGAAGUGCGCAGCUUACCUAUCGGGACGUCUCCGUCGGCGGCCUCCUUGCGUUGAACGGAACGCACGGACCCGCAUGCGCCGAUUCCGAUAUCCGCAAAAAGCGGUCGGAGGCCGCGGGGCGAGCCGACGCGGAAUCGCACACACGAACUGCUUCCCCGCCGCGGGGAGACUGAUGAGGGCAGGCCGCGCCGGCGCCGGCGGAGGCUCCGACGCACGCGCACACCACCUGCCGUCCCUUUCGGCGGGAAUGCGAGUCGAGCAGAGUGAGCGGGACCGCGACACUUCAUUAUCACAGUGUCGACUCGUGAACACCAAUAGACCGAGGAGUAGGGACAAAAUAUUCGACCUUCACUUUACGUACACGCACACGAGCGCGACGCGGUCUCGACGAGACACACACAUGCGCAUGAGCCUCGCGAAUUGCUUGCUCGUCGCAGCGCGCCGUCGCACCGCACCGCUGUGCUACUUUUGACAAUUUUUCCAGAAAACUGACAUGCAGCGCUGCCGUGGACGAGGCGCGGCUGCGCCACGUGGCUGUACCAUGAGGGAUACUGCUCCAGAUUUGGCCUUUAUUUAAACAUAAAACUAUAUUACUAUAGAUCACGUAAAUUAUAUUUUGUCCAAAUAAAAACUGUUAUAUCGAUCUCAAUAUUAUUUCUAGCUACAAUAAAGUUUACAGUUAUGUAUAACUUUUUAAGUUAUUGUUACCAUCUAAUUUUAUCAUC